CCCGGGAGUUGUAGUCAGCGCGGCCGCCAUCAUGCUCGGCGGCCUUGGAGCAGUUUAGUCUGAAUUUGGCGGCCGGGAACGUGGCGUUGUUAGCGGGGAGAUAGCCCUCCUAGGCCGCAGCCAUGUCUCUAGUGGCCUACGCCAGCAGUGAGGAGAGCGAGUCGGAGUCGGAGAUGGCGCCGGAGUCUUCCGGGGGACUCCUCUCCAGCCUUCCCUCAGCACGAAAGGACGGGCCUCCCGCACAGGCCGAAGCCUCGGGCUAUCCUGCGGCGUAUGCCCGGCAGUCCCCGGGAGAGCAGGAGCAGCACAGCCCGGGGUUCUACGGCCCCCCGGGGGUGUACGGCCUCGGUUACCCGCCCGGAUAUGGCCCCCCGCCCCCCAACUACGGCUAUCCCUCCAGCCCGGGGUAUGCGGGCUACAGCCAGGGGCCCACAGGCUUCUACAGCCCCCAGGGGCACAACCACACCAGCUUUCCUCCACCUGGUAUGAACCUGCCUCCCCCACAGGGUGGGCAUGGUAUGGCCUUGCCCCCACCUCACGGAGGACCAGGCCUGAGCCUUCCACCUCCCCAUGGGGGGCCUGGUAUGAACCUACCUCCACCUCAAGGUGGUCCCAACAUGAACCUUCCACCUCCUCCAGGUGGUCCCAACAUGAACGUUCCCCCUCCUCAUGGUGGGCCCAACAUGAACCUCCCUCCACCUCAAGGCGGCCCCAACAUGAACCUCCCGCCACCUCAAGGUGGCCCCAACAUGAACCUCCCGCCACCUCAAGGUGGCCCCAACAUGAACCUCCCGCCACCUCAAGGUGGCCCCAACAUGAACCUUCCACCCCCCUCUCACAGUAGCCCAGGAUUGAAUUUGCCCCUGCCUCAAGGAGCUUCUGGACUCCGUUUGCCCCCACCCCAGAACGCGCAUGGUAUGAGCCUACCUCCCCCGCAGAACAAUUCUGGCUUAAGCUUGCCUCCCCCUCAAGGUGGUCUUGGUAUGACCCUCCCUCCUCCUCCAUCCGGUAACGGACUUUCCUUGCCUCCCCCCAUGGGCGGUCCCCCCUUCCCUCCGCAGGUUAGUGGAGGGCUCGCCCUGCCGCCGCCAGUCAGUAGUCCAGGGCUGAACAUUCCUCCUCCUCAGCAGAGCUCGUCGUCCUCCAUGACGUUACCUCCUCCAAAAGCUUCUGGCCAAGGGAUGAGCCUUCCACCUCCAGAAAAUGACAACUCAAAGCCGAAGAAGAGAUCGGAGCCGGUGAAGAUCAGCGUUCCGGAGCUGAGCGCAGGAGACUCCGAUUCUGACGAAGAUAAACCAAGCAAGAAGAGAGCGAUCAUCCAGAGCUCUAAGGAAGGAUUCGGUUUGUCGUCUUUGCUCCCUCAACCAAAAAACGAGGCCAAGCGUCAGCUCCUCCCCUACAGCUUCACCAAAAAGGCGUCCGAUGCUGCCAGCGAGGCAAAGCUUCCCAAAAUGCCUCUGGUUUCUAAACCCAAGCUCACCCCCAGUCCCGAGGUCUCCCACACGCCCUCCCCGUCCGCCAUCAAGGCAGCAGCCAAGAACGCCGCCCUGCAGGUCACCAAGCAGAUCACGCAGGAGGAGGAGGAGGAGGACGACGGCGACGAGGACUUCCAGCAGGGCAAUUUCUUCUCCUUGUCAGAAAGCAGCGAGGUUCCCCCCUCUCCAGCCGAAAGCUUCAGCUACCCCCUGCCAGCCCCCGACGACGAUGGGCCGCCCGGCGUAGAUCCCGCCGAGCUGCAGAACGACACCGCUAACGCACCUUUAGAGUUCAAGACGGCAGCCGCUCAAGCGUCCAACCAGUGGUCAGCCAUGCCUGGGGAGGACUACACUGCCCAGCAGUACGAGCAGUAUCCUGAAGGCGCCUACUUUCCGCAGGAGUAUUACGGCAGCGGGUACUACCAGGAGCAGGAGCCGCCCUCCACACAGCGAGACAGCGAUGCCAGCAGCUCCUUCAUGGAUGACGAAGCCUUCAAACGGCUACAGGGUAAGAGGAACCGGGGAAGGGAAGAAAUUAAUUUUGUCGAAAUCAAAGGCGACGACCAGCUUAGCGGUAACCAGCAAUGGCUUACUAAGGCCCUGACAGAAGAGAAGAACAUGAAGUCCUUCAGCAAGAAAAAAGGCGAACAGCCGACAGGACAGCAGAGGCGGAAGCAUCAGAUCACCUACCUGAUCCACCAGGCAAAGGAGAGGGAGCUGGAACUGAAGAACGCCUGGUCUGAGAACAAGAUGAGCCGGCGGCAGACGCAGGCCAAGUAUGGGUUUUGAUGCCCAGGCACCGGUUGGGCAAGGUUUGGUUAAAUCUCUUGACAGAGAUGAGAAUCCAGACAUCGGUUGUUGGAAGAGGCACAGCUAGAGCGCUCCUCACCAUCUACAGAAGAGCUCCCACCGCGACUAAUGUCAACUCCCGAAGUGCCACACUACAGUUUUGGCUUGGCGCUGAAAGGGUUUGCCCGUGUAACGUAUGACUGGCAGGACGCCGCCCCGGGCCGUUCAAAGGACUCUUCCAUACACGCUUCAUUUCUUUUUGUGACAGUUGGUCUUCGUUUUGCCCCCAAAUCCUGUACCUGUGGGGGAUAGUGUCAUCUGGUUUACACACUGGCCGAUCGACGGGGUCUUUAUCAAUCCGCUUGACUGCUGUAGAGUUUGGGGGAUGGGUUCUGACACGAGGAUCCUCCUUCCCCCCCCCCCCCCUUUUUUUUAUUUUUUAAUUAGACAAAUAUAUAAAAAGGAGGUUUAUAAAAGUGGAUAAUGUCUUCUACUUCUAGUGGGGGUGACCCUUUUGGGCACAUCUAACUCAACCACCACUGGAGCACAGGGUAAAUAUUGGGCGGUAUCGGCAGUGAUCGGUCACAAUGGACAUCUUAUGGAGAUCCA